AUGGCCGAUUCGAUUCAAGAAGAGGUGGCGGCCCUAAUCAAGGGAGCUGCUGCAUCUUGCGGAGCCCCGGUCAAGCGGAGUAAACGAGACGGCAUGAGCUGCAUGGUAAAUUCCUUGGGAGGAGCGGCCCAGGACGACAGAGCUCUAGCCCUCAUCAAUCCAGCAGAAUGGAACGGCUUCACCCUCGAGCUCGCGGACAGCGCACCACAGAUCAUAGCCGCCGCCGUCCAGGUUCUCAAGACGCAGGCUCAGAAGAACAAAUUCGCCAUCAUGGUGGCUGCCGCGGCCGUAGCUGGGAUUUGGACGGACGUGACUAAGCCUGCGGCGGAGGUUGCUCACAAGUACGUCUUUGAUGGCGGCCAAUUUGGAAGUUCGAAGGAGCAUCCAGAUGGGAAAGGCGAUCAUGGCCAAAAGACGCCGAAGACAACUGCAACAUCAACUACUUCAUGCAAUCCAUCAGCUACUGUUAACGAGAACUCGGUAGCCAGCCUGUGA